UUUCUGCAUUCGUCUUUCUUUUGUGCAAGAUGUUGUGAGGGGAAUACGUUUGCCUCGGUAUCACUAUAUAUUCAUCACUCCUUUGAUCUUGUUUAUAUCCCGACAAUCCUUUUCUGGGAUUUUUCUCUCAUUCAUUCCCCCCUUUUUGAAGGAGAACGGAGAUUUAAUUUCCAAGCCCGGACACUGAAUCUCAAAGCAUCCGUUCCAAUAUCCUUGUUUUACUAUCCCUUCAUUUCAUCAUAUUUCUCCAUAGCACCCACCCUCAACCCGGUUCCUGUGCGCUGACAUCCGAGAGAAGCCUUGAUCAUGGCUGAUAUGGCUAUACAUCAUACAGAGCCGGCUCUAACUCACCACCCACCUGCGAAGAGUGGUCAACAGGCCGACGCCGCAUCGUCUACUAGCACGACAUUCGAUCACAAGGGGGCAUCGCGUAUGCCAACUUAUAUAAGCAGUGGCUCUGAAGAACGAGAAAGCAAGCUCCCUCAACAACUACUGUCCAGGAGAUCAAGCAUUGAUAUUGAUGAUUAUUUUGUUGGACCACGAAACCUCGAUCGACAUUCAAAAUGGCCUACUUUCCUUCGAUUGCACGGCAGUGUUAUGCCGCGUAUGAUCAUUCCUUUGAUUUUAAUGUCCGGUUGGGCCACCUUGAUCACUGUCAUUACAAAAUUUGUCCAUAAGCUGGGAGUGUCGUCCAUUUUACUUACUGUUCUCGGUUUUGUCGUCGGUCUUUCUCUUUCUCUUCGAAGUUCAACAGCAUAUGAAAGAUAUGCCGAAGGUCGAAAGUACUGGGCCCUAUUGAUGCAAUCAUCUCGAACAUUGGCUCGCAUCAUCUGGAUCCAUAACGAAGAACGAGAGGGAGAAGAAGGAAAAGAAGAUAUAUUGGCCAAAUUAACUGGGAUUAACCUUAUCGUCGCGUUUGCGGUUGCGUUGAAACAUAAACUACGGUUUGAGCCUAAUAUCGCAUACGAUGACCUUGCCGACCUCGUAGGCCACUUGGAUACAUUUGCUAAGGAAGCCCAUGACCCUAACGACUGCGGAACCCGAAGUGUUGGUGGCCUAAAGGCCAUCGGACAAUAUCUUAGCGUCCCAAUGGCAAUUUCGAACCCGCGAAAAGCAAUUAAGAAAUCGAAGAAGCCUCUUGGAAACUUGCCAGUGGAGAUCCUGUCAUAUUUAUCUGCUUACGUAGAUGAACUGAUGAACGAAGGCAAGAUUAGGCUGCCGGUUUACCAGUCUCAGGCCGGUACUGCUUUGUACGCUAUGGAGGAGGUCAUGACUGGCACGGAACGUGUUCUCAACACCCCACUGCCCCUUGCGUACACGAUCCUUAUCUCGCAGAUCACAUGGAUCUACGUGCUCAUUUUGCCAUUCCAACUCGUUGAGGACUUGGGAUGGAUCACCAUCCCAGGCUGUGUCGUCGCUACAUACAUUAUCCAGGGUAUCGCUGCCAUCUGCGCCGAAAUUGAGAAUCCAUUCGGCAAUGAUGUCAAUGACCUGCCUCUCGACAUCUUCUGUGAGCAGUUAGCGGCUGACCUCGAUGUCAUCACUUCCUCACCACCACCGAAACCUCAAGAUUUUAUCUCCCGGCGCAACAAUCUCGUCCUUCAGCCUCUAAGUAAGAGUGGUGUGGAUGCCUGGAGACAGCGCAGCAUCGAGGACCUCCGUGCUGCAUUGAAGGCAAAAGCUACGGUCGCGCCAGCAACUAUGGCCAUUUCAGGUUCGAGAGGGCAAGUAUUGGGUGCAAAUCGUAUCAGUUCCGAUGUGCCGUGAAACCAUCCACAAAUUAAACCACCCGACCCAACAAAAAAAAAAAAGAACCAAAAAAAAGAGGAUAAAAGUUCCAAAAGCCUUAAAUUUUAACUGCAUUACUGAAACUGACAAUUCUUUUGGAAUGAGGUGUUCAUAUAUUUAUUUGAGUGUCUGGAUAUAUGACUGAAGGUCUAUAUCCCUUGACCUUGUGUCAUUGUGUUGGCUGAGGCUGAUAUCGAGCGUGGAGUUUGAGAUGGGAGUUUUCGACCAGUGGACCGAAACAUACAUAUAGCCGCAUAGCGUUUCUUU